UUGUCCGUUGUGGUUGUUUCGCGUCUGCGUCUUCUUCGUUUUGCAGGAUAUCUCUGACUUCGCAUCAAAGCAUGCGCCCUAUAGCUACUCCUUGGAGGGGUUGCUUUGGGUCUUGUCCUUGAAGUUCCCCGAGGACAAUGUGGUCCUAGUCAAGCCGCGGAUGAUGAGGGAACACUUUGCCAUCUACGUGAAUUUUAUGCAGGUGGACAGCUUCGGGAAUCCCAGAUCAUUGGCAGAUCCCCAAAGCCAGGCGGAAGCAGAUCCUCCGCAGGCUGUUGAGCACCUUCAUUUGCUGUUGAGAUCGCUUUCUACCGAACUGGGUGAGGAGCUCCCGUCUGCGCUGCUGUUGUUGGGUUUCAGCAAGGGCGGCGCGGUUCUCAAUGCACUGAUGCGAGAGGCAAAGGUUGAGUUGUGGUCACGAGUUCAAGCAGUUCACUUCAUUGACACUGGGCUGAAUGUGCCGGGUGUUUUCCCUGCUGAUGAAGAGGAACUCCGAAAGCUCAAGGACUUGGUGCCCAGCAGCUUUGAGAUUUGGCUUCACUGCACUCCCCGUCAACUGGAGGACCCAGGCCGGCCCUUCGUUGCGAAAGAGCACAAUGAGUUCGAGGAACGCUGCAAGGCAAUUGGCUUCUCUGUGCUUCGAAGGCACUACGCUGAAGGCCUGCCCAUCAGCCUGGAGAUGCACUUUGACUCCUUGAGAUGUUUCUACACCAGCGCUGGUGACCAGGAUGCGGGCAAUGCCCACUGUGGCUUCUUUCGCGCGUGGCAGGACAUAGCAGAGGCUGCGAUGGAGAGCUGAGCUCGUG